AUUCCGAGUGAGAUAGAAAACCAAGGCUGUGGGUGUCCUUAGUAAAUGACGUACAACUUCUGAUUUGUGAGUCUUCUUUUUCCCGUUUUAAAAAUGCGUUGCAAAGGUGUGAGGAUCAGAAGCAUAUAAGAAAAUUUGGGGAAGAAAACAAUCCACUAAUACAUACUGAGACUAUUCUGCAUUGCUUGUAUUUUCUUUAUGCCUUGGGCAGGCUGCAGCACGUCACGCUGCUUAAGACUCAGAUGCCCUGAGCGAGGAUAAGGGGGAUUAUGUUCCUUAGGCAUGGGAGUGUGGGCCUGGCGAAAGGAAAAGAGGAGUUUUAGAGGAGAAAGAGGAGAAUUUGUUUAGUCAUCGAAGAUCUGUAGCUCAGGGUCUCCCCUCUUCCUCUUCAAAAGGCUGCAGCAGCGUCAAAGUCGCUUUCCCAGGAUCCGCCGUAGCGCAGUCGCUGCCUCCUCAGCCUGUUUGAUGGCGAGUUUCGGCUUUGCGCCUGUAGCCGCCUCCAACUCCCGGCAUGCUGUUGGGCGUGGGGCCGGCACGCAGACUCCAUUUCCCAGCCUGCCCCGGGGCUCGGUCCGGACGUGCCGGCGCCUAUAAGAGCCAGAGCGCUGCGGCCAGAGCCUAUUGUUAGCCGGAGCCGGGGCGGUUCUGGGCGGAUGCUGCCGGGGGCGCCCGACUUGCCGGAGCCGCCCGCCCUCCGCCGCCUGCCGGCCGACCUGCCCACCCACCGUCCCUCCCCGCCCUGCCGCCUGGGAACUCCCAGACCGUCUCCGCGGCCCCGGGACUCUCUCUGUCCUCCCUCCCUCCCACUCGGGCUAGGGCGGCGGCGGCGGCGGCGGCGGCGGCGGCAGAGACCAUCACGGGAGGAGGUGGCUGCGGCGGAGCCGGUUUCGCAUCUUUUCUUCUUCUUUCUUACCUGCCUCCUGUCAUCGCUCAGAAACCUCUGUUCCAGAAGUGGCAGUGAGGAAGACGUAGGAUAAAGAGAGAAAGGGAAGAGAACAAGCAGCCAGCAAUCUUGGCUGCAUGAGAGGGCACAAAAAGUGACCUGAAGAGAAAGGAUACCCUGAGGGCACCUGGGUUCAGACAGUGGAGAAUCCUCAUAAUAAAGACGAUCUUGGACCAGACCCAAUCUCUCACAGGGCUUAAAGAGAAAUAUUCAAAGGGAACCCAUGCUACCGGAAGAAAAAGGGACACCUGAACAAAGGAUAGGAGUGCACAUUUGCUUCCAGUCCUCAAUCCCCAACUGCUUCCAGGCUGAGGAAAAAGGCACUUCUUAGUAGCAACACUAACUGGAUCUCAGUUAAAGCUAAAGCUGGACUUAAGUCCUUUCUCAGAAGGAUUUUGAACUCAGUCUGCUUUUUCAUGCAGUUGAUAAGAUUUUUAAGUGGGGAGGAAAUAUUAAAUUCAGUGGUCAACAUUCUCUUAUUUUUUUUUAUUCCACCCACAUAUGUACUUAAUAGUAAAGGUCUCCCCUCCCCCAGUGAUAGAAUGGAAUGAGAAAUUUGUUAGUUAAUAGGUAUCUGUAAGCCCAGCUGAAAUCUUAACCCAUAAAAGUCCUUGGCUCUCUCCAUCCUUACCCAUGUCCUAGGAAUGUGACCUCCAUUGGUAAAGUCAGUAACCUGAAGAACAAAAUUGAUGAUACUUUGGGCUAAUUUUUAAGUUUAAUUACAAUUCUUAUCUAGUACCUGAUUUUUUUUUUUCUUUCUGGCCAGUUUAUUUCAGCAAUGUGCUUGUCUGAGACCUAUGAUGACAGGUUUCUUAGGUGCCUCUUGUGACUUGAAUGCAGAAUUUUGAUGAUAUCUGGCUAGGUAAAUUAGGAAAUACCUAAAGUACUUAUUAGGUCUGGUUAACUGUGUAGAGCUGACCCAAGAGCAGGCAAAUGGCUUCCAAGAGACAGUCUAGAAAAACAGCUCUGUAGCAGGCAUCUCUUGACACCACAGUAUAUUCUGAGUAGCUGCUCUGCAGUAAUGCAGCCCUGGCUUUCUGGGCAGUGUUGUUAUUCCUGCUGCAUAAUUAGCAACUAGUGAGAUCAUAGUCUGGGGAGAUUCUGGCAUUACUGAGGCAAAGCAGGGAGGUUUCGGAUCAUCACAUGUGGCUCCGGCUCUGACAGCGUUUCUGCUGAGCAGAUUCAUAUCCUUGGGAACUUAAGUCCAAAGAUGGAGGAGAAAGAUUUGUACCUGGGAAAUGGACUAUCCCAGACUCCUUGGUUGUGUGCCAGCAUGUUAAAAACACUGCCUGCUCUAUUAAUGUAACCGGAGUAAAUCGUCACUCCUUUUGCUAUUUGUCGUGCCCUUGCUGGUUUCUUUAUAGAGGGCAAAGGUUGUAAAGCUCAGUCUUCCUUGCACAGCGGAUGAGGGUAGGUCAGCUGAGCCCUGUUUUAUGGAGCAGUAGGCGAUUGGGAAAGAGUCUGGGUUUUGAAGCCAGUGCAGAUUCUAAUCUUCAGUCCAUUCUUUAGAACCCAGUUUGACCUCUUUAGGAGCCUGGUGAGACACUUUACAUUUGUGAAGAUCUGGGUAAAGCAUUUCCCUGACUGUCAAUGUACUUUGAAAUUGAAAGUCUAGAGCAGUAUUUCCCAAAGUGUGUUCCAAGGAUCACCUGCCCCCCAGGAUUCUCUAGAAACAAAGGGUUCCUUAAUCGUAUGUAGGGAACCCCUGCAUUCUGUUUCCUCCCACCCUUCACCAGCUUCAUUAGCAUAUUAAAAGCCUCUAAAGGGUCUGCCCAUAAGCAGUUUUCUAAAGUAUUUUGACGCAGCAGUCCUAUUCCCAUGUAAAAGCUAUUAAUAUCUAUGGAACUAGUUUAUUUACUGGAUACACUUUGGGAAAUGCCAGGCUAUAUUUCCACUAGGAAAAAUAAUUGGAUCUAGUCUAGGUUUAGGCACAGCCUAAUUCUGCCUUUGAUCCCCAGUCCCUCCUACUGGCCCCGUGGAGAGCUCUCCUGGGUGAGCAGAAGAGCAGCUACUGUUAUCCCAGGGCUAAUGAGGCCUAGAGCCCAGCUGGCUUGGAACCAGAGGCCGUCACUCCACUGGGAAAGGUGCUGCCGCUCCUCAUCUCGUUAUUCUGAGUGACUGAGGCUGGAGGGGCUGGGGAGAAACAAAAGUAGGAGUGCUGCCUGGAAUAAAGUAGAGAUGACCUCGUCACGAGAGAGCAGGCAUCAGUGCUAGCUCAGGUGCCUUCCUCAGCUGGAGAACUGCGUACAGAUGUGGGAGGGGUCUGUUUUAGGACAGGAAUGCUGAUUCCUCUUUUCCCCUGGGCAGAAUCCUAAUGCACCUGGCUAACUGGUGGUGAGCAGGGGCUUUGGGGCCAACGUGGUGGGCUCCCCAAGGAAACCCCUUUGAAACCAAUGGAUGCAUUCACGGGCUCGGGUCUCAAGAGGAAGUUUGAUGAUGUGGAUGUGGGCUCAUCAGUUUCCAACUCCGAUGAUGAGAUCUCCAGCAGUGACAGCGCUGACAGCUGCGAUAGCCUCAAUCCUCCCACAACUGCCAGCUUCACACCUACAUCCAUCCUGAAGCGGCAGAAGCAGCUGCGGAGGAAGAAUGUGCGUUUUGACCAGGUGACUGUGUACUACUUUGCCCGGCGCCAAGGUUUCACCAGCGUGCCCAGCCAGGGCGGCAGCUCUCUGGGCAUGGCCCAGCGCCAUAACUCUGUACGCAGCUACACACUCUGUGAGUUUGCUCAGGAGCAGGAGGUGAACCAUCGGGAGAUUCUUCGUGAACACCUGAAGGAGGAGAAACUCCAUGCCAAGAAGAUGAAGCUAACCAAGAACGGGACAGUGGAGUCGGUGGAGGCUGACGGCCUGACACUGGAUGAUGUCUCUGAUGAAGAUAUUGAUGUGGAAAACGUGGAGGUGGAUGAUUACUUCUUCCUGCAGCCUCUGCCCACCAAACGGCGACGGGCCCUGCUAAGGGCUUCUGGGGUCCACCGCAUUGAUGCUGAAGAGAAGCAAGAACUUCGAGCCAUCCGCCUGUCACGGGAAGAGUGUGGUUGUGACUGUCGACUGUAUUGUGACCCAGAAGCGUGUGCCUGUAGCCAGGCUGGGAUUAAAUGCCAGGUGGAUCGCAUGUCAUUUCCAUGUGGCUGCUCCCGGGACGGCUGUGGGAACAUGGCUGGGCGCAUAGAAUUCAAUCCAAUCCGGGUCCGGACUCAUUACCUCCACACCAUCAUGAAGCUGGAGCUGGAGAGCAAGCGACAGGUGAGCCGCCCGCCAGCUGCAGACGAGGAGCCCUCCCCCACUGCCAGCUGCAGCCUGGCAGCAGCACAGGGCUCAGAGACACAGGACUUCCAGGAGUUCAUCGCUGAGAAUGAGACAGCGGUGAUGCACCUGCAGAGCGCGGAGGAGCUGGAGCGGCUCAAGGCGGAGGAGGACUCGAGCGGCUCCAGCGCCAGCCUGGACUCCAGCAUAGAGAGCCUGGGCGUGUGCAUCCUGGAGGAGCCCCUGGCUGUUCCCGAAGAGCUGUGCCCAGGCCUCACAGCCCCCAUUCUCAUCCAGGCUCAGCUGCCCCCAGGCUCCUCUGUGCUGUGUUUUGCCGAGAACUCGGACCACCCGACCGCCUCAGCCAUGAACAACCCAUCCUACUUGAACAGUGGGCCCUUGGUCUACUACCAGGUGGAGCAGAGGCCAGUCCUGGGAGUGAAAGGAGAGCCUGGUACCGAAGAAGUCCCACCCUCAUUCCCCAAGGAGAAGGAUCUGAGUGUCUUCUCUCUCCCUGUUACCUCACUGGUGGCUUGCAGCCCCCCAGACCCGGCUGCCCUCUGUAAAUCAGAGGUGGGGAAAACACCCACUCUAGGAGCGCUGGCGCCCGAAGAUUGUAACCCCGAGGAGCCUGAGAAUGAAGACUUCCGCCACUCUUGGUCCCCCUCAAACCUCCCCUUGUGCACGGACGAUGCAGAGGGCUGUGUGGUGGAGAAGACUGCACAGCAGGGUGAGGACCGGCCCCCCGAAGAGCCUUCCCUGGAGCUCCCUCUGGCAGUGUGACACCAGGAUGGAGAGGAUGCCUCUUAACAGUCUCUAUUUAUUCCCUUAUUUUAUCUCACGCCAUUUCAAAAACAAAACUGUAGAAGCA